AUGACACAGCUUUCUUCCUGACAGCCCACAACUAAUUACAGUAAAACUGCCUGCCUAAUGGCCCGGCUCUCUUCCCACCUACACACUAACUACACGGGCGUUAAAGCCUCCCCAAGUGGAUUCUCGGGGACAGAGCGCCCUACCAGGGGGGCCCGGGAGGCGGCGGUGGCGUCAGUGUACGCGCGGGGUCAGGCUCGGCGGGGCGCUGCGGGCUGAGCGGCGAGGGCCUGCUCCCCCGUCCCCUCGCCCCGCGCAGUGAGGUGACCGUGGGGCUCGGCGCGCUUUGGGAGCGAGGCCGGGGCCGUGCCUCCCGCCGGGCCGGGAGAAGCGGGCGGUGGGGGGCCAGGCCCGGUGCGCUCCAAACGGACGGGGGAGGAGCUGAGACGCCAGGGAGACGGGCAGCCCGGGCCUCUCGGCGUCCGGAGGAAAGGCUGGGGGCCCCUGGGAUUAGAAGUAGGCCGGAGGGGGUGUCCCGGCCACGUCUCGCGCCCUCGCCUC